GGCAAUGCGAAGAGACCUGCUACAGCUGCAGACAUCUACUCCAGAAAACCGCAUCAGGGAGCGGAUAGCAGUAGGGACAAAAUGGCUGCUCAUGCCAGGCAUCCUGUGUUGGCUGAGGCCAGUCGAGCCGGACGCACCACAGAUAUCUGGCACUCCCUGACUAAGGACCUGGUUGAGGAGAGCAUUCCCUGCGGGACACAGGAAAGGAAGAGGAGGCCGUCCACAGCCAGGCAACACAGGCAUGAAUACUCCAGUGCCUCAGGCAGUGUGCGGAUCACAGAUGUCCAGCUGCAGGGUCUGUUAGUGAGGCUGGGGAACUCCUCCCAGAGACAGCAGGACAUCGGGGGGUUCCGUCUCCAGCAAAACGUAGCGGGACGUCCCAUCGCAGAGUUCCGCUUCCCUCCCAGAACACUCCUCCAGCCAGCUAGCUCUGUUACAGUUUGGUCUGAAGCGUCUGGAAGGAAGACACAGAGCCCAGGGGAAUUCCUUUGGGCAGGGCUGGAGCACAUCAUGUUGGGACCAGAGUGCACCACAAUCCUAUGCAAAGACAAUGGCCAAGCCAUAGCAUGGUACACACCUGCACGCUGUACUGGGAUAAAGCCACACCAGGCCUGGGCUGAGCCUGAUGAGAAAGUGGAGAGCUGCAGAGAGGACACUUUGUCCUGUGAAGAGGCAAGCAUCCCUGCUACAAAGAUCAACUGCCCUGACAACACACCCUUUCUUCUGAUUAAAAGGAAGAAGCAUGUCUUUAGGGUAUGCCACAGUCCAUGGACCCAGAACCCUUCAUCCAUAACCCAUCCUUUCUGCUCCCCCUGUGCUCUGCUAGACUUCCGGGCCCAGCCCCAGAGCAACCCUGCAAGGCCACACACCGCCGGUGUCCAGGCCAGAAGACAUGCCACCCUACGUUCCCAGAGGACUGGAGUGGGGGGAGGGCCUGUUCGAUCAGCAGUGGUAUGUAGAUAUUACACAUGCUAUGUUCUUCUUGCUGCUGACACUGAACAAUGUAACUGGUCAUUUUGUGAAUAGAGAAACUUUAGAUGAUUUAGUAGGGGACUAUUCAAAGUCAGUGUUAGUAACAUCCCACUGGACACAGACAUCAAUUCAAUGUUUAUUUCAUUGAAAUGACGUGGAAACAACGUUGAUUCAACCAGUUCGUACCAAGUCGGAUGACCAUUACCCAGAGUACAGUAAACAUAUGGUUGCUUUGUGAGUUGUGUGUCAGCCCUGUGUAGGAGGCAUGAUGUUCCUUGGCCCUCAGCCCCCCUGCGCCUCCCCCCUCCAGCAGUACCGCACUGCAGCUACUCUACACAGCCACAACAGUGUUAUCACUGCUUAGAUGCAUGAAAGUCAAGAGGUAGCUACUGCUGCAUAGGCACAUGACUGUCCAGGGACUAUGGACAUGAGACUCAAACCACCUUAGGCUAGCAGCAGAAACAGAGCCCCACUCUAAUCUUCAUCUGUCCUCCUACAGUUUCAUUAGAUCUAUUUUACAGAAGAUCCUCUGUACUGUCUGCUUUGGCAUCUAUUG